UCAAACAUAAACUAGAUUAACCCGGAUUGGACAUCAUCUGAAAUCCAAAAAAAUAAAAUUAGAGGAUAUAAUCGCAUGAUCUAGUCUGUCAAUACACCAAAUCAGAGCCUAAUAAAAAAAAAUGGCAGAGUACUUGGUAACUGGAGGAACAAGCUUUAUAGCCUCUCACGUCAUCAAGGCACUUCUCGAAUCGGGUCAUUCCGUAAGAACAACUGUUAGAGACUCAUAUGAAGAAAAGGUUGGUUUCUUGUGGGAGUUAAAAGGAGCAAAAGAAAGGUUGAAGAUGUUUGAAGCCGAUCUAACGGUAGAAGGAAGCUUUGACGAAGCUGUCAAUGGUGUUGAUGGAGUCUUUCACAUCGCAUCCCGAGUUUCUGUUGCCACCGUUGGUCUAGACAACAACAAUAUGGAGAAAUUUGAUCCUGAUCGAAGUGGAAUAAUGAAUGUGAUGAACUUUUGUGCAAAGUCAAGAAACACUGUGAAGAGGAUUGUUCUCACAUCUUCUUCAACCGCAAUACGGUACCGUUUUGACGCUACACAAGUCUCUCCACUCAAAGAAUCGCAUUGGAGUGAUCUUGAAUACUGCAAACACUUAAAAAUUUGGUAUGGUUAUGCAAAGACUUUAGGGGAGAAAGAAGCUUGGAAGAUGGCAGCUGAGAAGAAACUAAACCUAGUUGUCGUGAUCCCUACGUUUUGUAUCGGUCCAAUUCUUAGUCCAAACCCCACAAGCUCCCCUCGAAUUUUUCUGUCCAUUGUCAAAGGGGCUCGUGGAAGUUACCCAAAUUUCAGGGGAGGGUUUGUGCACAUAGACGAUGUAGUUGCUGCACAAAUCUUAGCAAUGGAAGAGCCUAAAGCAUCAAGAAGAAUCUUAUGUUCCAGCUCAAUGGCUCAUUGGUCAGAGAUCAUUGAGAUGCUAAUAAUCAAAUACCCAUUAUACCCAUUUGAGACCAAGUGUGGUAGUGAAGAAGGGAGAGAUAUGCCUCAUAGUUUGGACACAACAAAGAUUUAACAACUUGGCUUUACGUCUUUCAGGUCAUUACCUGAGAUGUUUGAUGACUGUAUCAAGUGCUUCCAAGACAAGGGUCUACUCUGAAAACACAAAAUUUAUAUAUCAAGCUUAUGUGAGAAUCUUAUGGAUUGAUUUUAUUCAUAACAUAAACGAGUUAUCUCUUAUCUAAAUGAUUCCAAACUUUGUAUGUUCCCAUCAAUCUUGGACUAUGAAAUAGAAAUAAUAUCAUCUCCAUCAUA